UAGUUAAAUAAUGAAAGGUAGCAAGGAGCCAUAUUUUGUGAAGUUUAUAAAAACUACGGAAAAUUCCAAGUUUUUUCUUCAGGCCCUUGAGUCCAUCAAAGAAUUUCAGUCAGAAGAAUGUCUUCAGAUUCUUGAAAAGGAAGCUGCGCUUAGAAUACAAGAGAAUGAUAAAUCCCUUUAUAUUUGUGAUCAGUUUAGCGGCAUUGUUUUUAAUCAUCUUCAAAAGCUUGGUUGUAGGAUUGUGGGACCACAGGUAGUUGUCUACUGUAUGCAGAAUCAACGAUGUGUCCCAAAGGCUGACCAUCCAGUAUUCAAUAUGACAAUGGCUGAUGUAACAGUAUCCUGUACAAGUCUUCCAAAGGAAACAAGGGAAGAAGUCCAUGAAUAUGUACAAUUGAUGGGUGGCCGUAUAUACAGAGAUCUUAAUGUGUUAGUAACCCAUCUUAUAGCUGGAGAAGUUGGAAGCAAGAAAUACUUAGUUGCUGCUAAUUUAAAAAAACCCAUUUUGCUCCCCGCUUGGGUAAAAACACUGUGGGAUAAAUCACAGCCCAGGAUCAUUAGAUACACAGACAUAAAUAUGGGAGACUUUCUGUGUCCUCCAUUUCUUGGCUGUACAAUCUGUGUAACUGGUUUAAGCAGCAUGGAUAGACAAGAAGUCCAGCGUCUCACCACUGAGAAUGGUGGUCAAUAUACAGGGCAGCUCAAGAUGAAUGAAUGUACCCACCUUAUUGUUCAAGAACCAAAAGGCCAGAAAUAUGAAUGUGCAAGAAGGUGGAAUGUUCAUUGUAUAUCCAUGCAGUGGUUUUUUGACAGCAUUGAGAAGGGAUUUUGCCAGGAUGAAUCAAUAUAUUUGAUAGUCCCUAGUACAAAGCAAGAUAGUGCACCAAGCACUUCAACACCUACAAGCCAAACUAGCAAGCCAGACAGUCGAACCCUUUCGGACGUUAGUCACAUUUCCAAUAUCAACAUAAGUGACAUUAAUGAAACGUCAUGUGGUUCUGUUUUGAAUAGCAGACUGUAUCCUCCGCCUGAUGAUCUGAACAACUUGAAUAUCAGUUCUUUGCAAGCACGUGAUGAUUUAUUGGAUGGAUGCCGAAUUUAUCUUUGUGGCUUUAGUGCCAGGAAAUUAGAUAAGAUGAAAAAGCUGAUUAACUCUGGUGGUGCUGUUCGUUUUAAUCAACUCAAUGAAGAUGUGACACAUGUUAUUGUGGGGGACUGUGAUGAUGAACUAAAACAGUUUUUGAAGAAGACAGAACAGAGUAACAGGCCACAUGCUGUGACAGUACAAUGGCUUUUGGAAUGCUUUAGAAAAGGUUAUUUAGUACCUGAAGAGCAGUAUGCCCCUGCAAGUUAUCAGCAAGUGACUACUCCAUCUUCUGAGCCACCUUUCAUCUCCAAAAGAAAUAAUGUUUUGAAGAAAGAACAUGUGAAUACUGUGCAGGCUGCAGAGACCGAUGAAGAUCUGCUAUCCCAGUAUGUUACUCAUGAUUCCAAAGUAGUUCAUCCUGAUGACCACAGUGAAAUUGAUCACACUGUGUUUCAAGAUGGAAAAGAUGUCGCUGUCAGUUCCUUGGCAGAGACUUCUUCAAUUGCUGAAGGAGCCUUAUUCAGUGGAAGGAAAUUUCUUCUUCUUGGUUUCGGUAAAGAAGAUGAAUCUUACAUAACAGCUCUGAUUGAAGAGAAUGCUGGGAAGGUUCUGCUCCAAGAAAAUAAAGCAAUUGCUGACUAUGCUGUAGUUCCUCUUAUGGGGAACAAGGUCACGUCCACUGUAGGAGACGUGGUUACAAAUACAUGGCUGGUGAUGUGUAUAGAACAACAGACCCUGAUAGAUCCUCAGUCAAAUCCACUUUUCACCCCAGUGCCAAUGAAGGAAGGAACCACCCCAUUACAGCAAUGUGUGUUGUCUUUCAGCCAGUUUAGUGGAGCAGAGAGAGAAUCGUUAAUAUAUUUGGCAAGUCAGCUUGGGGCAAGAGUUCAGGAAUUCUUUGUGAGAAGAGCCAACCUAAAGAAAGGAAUGCUUGUCAGCACUCAUCUGGUGCUGAAAGAGCCAGAUGGUUCUAAAUAUGAAGCAGCAAAGAAGUGGAAUCUUCCUGCUGUUACUAUGGCUUGGCUGUUGGAGUCUGCAAGGAUGGGGGAAAAGGCCGAUGAAAGCAAAUUCCUGAUUAACAAUAUAGAGGCCAAAGAUAAACAAAAGAACCUUACAGAUUGUCCAGAUGAAAUGGAGACAUGUACUGCAUCUUCAAAUACACCUGAUCAUCCUUGUAGUGUCCUUGAAACUGGGAAGAUAACAACAGUGACAUCUCUGGAUGUGAAUCAUUUCCAAAGUAAAGCUUUCCAGAAUGUUAUUUCACAGCAUAUUGGUAAAAAUCCUAGCCCUCCAUUUGGGAGCAAAGUAGUACAGAAGGAACCAUCCCUGCAUCUGGACACACCAUCUAAAUUUUUAUCUAAAGACAAGCUCUUCAAACCUUCUUUUGAUGUCAAGGAUGCUUUGGCAGCUUUGGAAACUCCAGGUGGUCCUAAACAGUGCAACAGAAAACUAAGCACUCCUCUUUCAGAAGUCAUUGGCAGGAACUUAAAACUAGCUUUGGCCAACAGUACAAGGCAAACAGUUGCUAUUGCUGCCAGUCCUCAGCUGAAAGCUGCACCUUGGCAAAGGGAAGAAGAAUCAAAACCUUUAGUGGAUGUUGUCAUCUGUGUGAGUAAGAAGCUCAGUAAAAAGCAGAGUGAAUUGAAUGCUAUUGCUGCAUCCCUUGGAGCUGAUUACAGGUGGUGCUUUGAUGAAACUGUAACACAUUUCAUCUACCAGGGAAGGCAGAAUGACAAUAGCCGGGAAUACAAAUCUGCUAAAGAAAGAGGCAUAUAUAUUGUUUCAGAGCAUUGGCUCUUGGAGAGUGCACAAGAAUACAGACGACUAGCUGAAUCUCUUUAUCCUCAUACAUAUAAUCCUAAAAUGAGUUUGAAUAUUAGUGGUGUGGAAGAUGACAGAUUCUCACAAAGGCUUGACUCUGCUGGAAAAGGAGGGAAAGAAGACAAGAAUAAUUCACUGGAUGAUAAUGAUAUAGAAAAAGUUAUUAUUGGUCAAAUAAAUGAGGCUGAACAAAAGGAGCAUGAAUCAAAAGGAGUUUUAACACAGACAUUGGAAAUGAGGGAGAACUUUCAGAAACAACUACAAGAAAUCAUGACUGCAACAUCAUUAGCAAAAUUGCAAGGACAAAGGAGCUCUUUAUCUAGGAAUGGUUUUGAGAAUUCUCCAACAACUCCAGACGGACCACGUUCUGUGCGUAAUGGCCGAAGUAGAGUCUUGGAAGCUUUAAGGCAGUCACGUCAGGUAGCGACUGAUGCCAACACAGAGCCAUCCCAGAAUGAACAGAUAAUUUGGGAUGACCCUACAGCAAGAGAGGAAAGAGCAAGGCUUGCCAGCAACCUGCAGUGGCCUAAUAGUCCUUCACAGUAUUCAGAACAAAUUCAAGCUACUGCAGUGCUCCCAGGAGAACUUCCACUUAGAAAGUCUUUGAGUGAUACAGAAAUGGUUGAAAUGGGGAUUAAUGAUUCAACGAAAAUAGAUUCAGUCAAGACUGCAAGUCUUCUGAUUAGAAAUCCAGAAACACCUACAAGAGAAGAUCAUCUGAUCCCGACUCCGCUGGCUCCUGCCAUUGCUUUUCCACUGGCGAAUCCUCCAGUGGCUCCCCAGCCAAAAGAAGAUGUCAUUAAAUCAGACCAAGGAGUCUAUGAAGAACCAUCAAAAUUGCACAGAUUUCAGCUCUCUUCUCUUAAUCCUCAAGAACGAAUAGAUUAUUACCAUCUAAUUGAAGAACUAGGUGGAGUAGUGUUGGAGAAGCAGUGCUUUGAUUCGAGCUGCACACAUACAAUUGUGGGACACCCUCUUCGCAAUGAGAAAUUCUUGGCAUCAAUGGCAGCAGGAAAAUGGGUGCUGCAUCGUUCCUAUCUGGAAGCAUGUAGAGCAGCACAGACCUUUGUAGAGGUACAACAAUCCUUUUGAAAGAACAGAUCAAAUUUCAGUAGAAGAUUUAAGGUUACAAAUGAUAGGUGGAUGUGCUUGCAUAAAAACUGCUAUAACUACAUUAUGAAUGUGAGUAGCAAGUUGUUUGAGGAGAGAUCCAAUAAAUAUAAAUCAGAAUUAGAAGUAAUUGCUCUGAAUUUUUUUCUAGUGAACUAUAAACUAAUGUCAUAAUCCUGGGCAGAGAUGUUUUCAGUUUUGAACAGUAGCUUUCUGAAAUGCUGUUCUUGAAAGUUUGAAGUCGUAGAAGAUGUUUGAAAUACGAAGCCAGGAGAGAGCUCCUAUUCCAAUAAAGAAAGUUAAAAUCAUACUGGGCUUGUUUUAUCAAAGAGAUGUCUACUUUGUGAAUACUGGAAAAAAUAAUUUUAAUAGAUUGUGCUUUAUAAAUGUUAAUUUCUACUAUUCUGUCCAGUUGGGCAUGAGAAUGAUUUGCUCUUAAGAUUUUGUUUGAAAUUUCCUGUUAAAUUUGGCAGAAUUACUAUGUGUAAGAAUGUCAUUCUAGGAAGAAGAUUAUGAAUGGGGAAGCAACUCUAUACUUAGUGUACUUACUGGAAUCAGUGUAGUUCAGAAGAAGUUAGCAGUUGCAGCAAUGAGAUGGAGAAAGACAAUACAACAAC